AUGGUCUUUGGUAGAAGUAAGGAACGGCGAGUGCCCGACCUCUCACGGUAUGAUUACCAUUACAAGGAUAGGGAUGAUUUCAAUAGAAGCUCCGGAUUAUCUACAGCAGCUGCUUAUGCAGCUUCGAAAGGUGCCUAUUCCCCCGCAGUUCAACGGUCUCAACCUCAGAGGAGUUACUCAAUGACCCACUACGCAGGAGCCACUGGAAAACAGCAUCAACCAGCGCAGAGAACCCCCAAAAGUGCUUCUGGUAACUACCGAUCCUACUCAUUGCGGUCGCAGGGCUCAGGACAACCUGCCAGAAGUAAUCAGAAUGGUUCAAGAGCCAAUUCAAUCACAGUGAAAACCACAGAAGUGCGGGAUCCAACGGGAAGAACGCAAUCGAUCACUCGUAGAACUAUUAAGGAGGCUAAUGGAUAUGAAUNUGUAGGAACCACGACAACUACAACGCAAGCGAUCCCUAUUAUUGACGCAGAGAAACAUUUUGAUGAGUUUAGUGGGAACUACACGAUGCAAGAUGAUGGAAUAGAAGAGUUGUCUGAAGAAGAACCAGUCGAACAGCCUUCUGGGCAUGCUUAUGCAGCUCUUCUCUCACAAGGUGCUGAUGGUGAGGUUCCAUUGGAUCAGACAAGUAGUAUAUCACAAUUUUCCGAUGCUUUGGACUAUAUGCCUAACAAGAGGCGAACUGCAAAGGUCAAAAGGCGGCCCACUGAUACACAUAAAAAUGUUCAACGCAAGCCUUCACAACAACAACAACGACAGCAACAUCAGCAGCAACAACAGCAACCCAAGAGACAAUUGACAGAAAAGGAAAUGUAUGAGAAGGCAUACGCCGUGGCACAACAAAGCGUUUACAAUGAACCGUCACGUACAGCGAGCCAAGGAAGACAAAGUCGGAUGGGUCAAAGAACACUUCGAGGUCCUACACCGGGCAGUGAGCCUUCUGUGGCAGGGUCAAAGCCGCGCUCAAGUAAAAUCAGUUCUUUCUUCCAAAAGAACCACACAGAGGUACCUAAAUCUGCCCCUCCAGCAAUGGAAGAGAAACCGGCAAAUCCACCACCACAGCCCUUGGGUUCCAAACAACGUGAAUCUGAUGAGGAUAUGUACGCCCAAGCGUUAGCAAUCGCACAGCAGAAAUAUGGUCAAACCAGUGAAACCGUUGAGUCACCAAAACCACCUACAAGCUCUGUUUCAAACAUUCAGGAGCCUGUACCGAGGUCGAACAGCGAUAUUGACGUGCAAGUCUCCGAAGUCUUUGAGCGACAGGAGGCAACUACAGUGACCAAAACUACCACACCAGAUGCAGAAGUGAACGAUUCACGAAACGAAUGGGAUCGUUACGAUGCAGCUCAUCCAGAGCCAGUAGCUAAAACAGCUUCGCAUGAGCGCAAGUCGAAAUUUAAGAAUAUGUUUGAAAAAGUCAAGCAAUUCUCAGCUGAGAAUAGUGGUUACCAACCACCCAAGAAGACUCAGGCUCCAUCUGCACCAGCCGAAUCAGUUACAGAUGACAUCAACAUUGUCAGUGUUGCUCCACUCAAUCGUGCCGGUAGUACUUCGUCACACGGAGCCUCUACAACUCGAAACGUUGAGGCUUCCCUAGACCAAGUACCCAAAAACCAAGUACCCAAAGAAAAGAAACCAAAGAACGGUUUCUUCAAGAAGUUGUUCAAACGUUCGUAA